AGACUAGUCCGUCAUAGGGUUGAUAGUGGAGGAGAGGGGACUGGGGCAAAACAAUGAUGCAGUAGUAGUUUGAUUUAUGAUACUAGUUAUUGUAAAAAAAAAAAUAAUAAAAAAGGAAUAAAAGAUAAGAUAAAAUUACUCGUCAGAAAAUGAAAGAACCAACAGGGUCAAACAGGGAAGAACAACACCAUUGGACGGGGCAACCACCUAUAUAAACACGAUCUCCCAUCCAUUCCAUCCAUGAUGCCGAUAGAAAUCAUCCCGAGAGCUCCAGAGUGGAUCGACCGGCGAAGAAGACGUGAGCUGAGUGAUAACCAAUCAAAGCCGGUCAUUUGUCUGACCGCCUUUGUGACAAGCUCCGUUCCAGCCUCAGGCCUGUCCUCGGGCCGACCGAUUAAUCCGAGGGGCAAAAGAAGGUCACUGACACUUGGGUUACCUCAGGCUGCGCAAUACCGACUCAUUACCUGGACGGGAAACAUCAUUAUCUCUCUCUUCUUACUUUCCCUUCUCUCUCUCUCUCUCUCUCUUACUUCUCUCUCCACUUCUAUCAUCAAUCCUAUCCAACCCCCAUUCAGGUGGCUUGAAUUCCCUUUUCCUGUCGAUCUCUCUCUUUCCUCGUCCAUUAUUGGUAGGUUCUCCCCGCCUCCCUUGUCUCUCUCCCCCCCAGUCCAUCUCCAUCCAUUCCAAUCCCGUAACCCCAUAAUGACGCAUUCCCAUCAUUCUUCCUUCCCCCAGUGCCACUCCCAUUCCCCUGCUGCUUUCACUCGUCCUCUCCCUCUUCCUCUUCCUCUUCCUCUCCCUCUCUCGAUCUGUCCUCUCCACAUGCCACUCCUCCCCUAGAUACUGCCACCCUCCCUCCCCUCAUCGUUGGUCGUUGCCUACUGGCUCCUCCUCACGCCUUCUCUAACCGUCUUGUUGAUCAGGAGCUUUUUGUUCGGCGAAUCGGAGCCGUCCCUUCCGAACCGGUUAGCUCCUCAGUGGCUUUGCAAUAGGUGGCUGCCGACCUCCGCCGUUUAUUGCCUCCUCCUCAGCGGUCUCUCUCUCCUCCGUCAGAACGUGACCAGUCGACUUGAGGAUUGAUUCACUGUU